ACGAAAACGAUGAUGAAGCCAUCGCAACUCCACUGGGGGCGCGGGCAGGCAGCCUGCAGGUAAUGUCGUCCAUUUUCUCCGCGGCACGCUUCCUACUCGGCUGCCUCUUCACCCUGUUGCAUAGAGCCACGACCUCCAACGUCAGCAGCAUUCAGUGCAUAGUGCAACCUUCUUCCGGUUAUGUGUUCGAGACCACGUUCCUGUUCGGUUGCACCCCUGCGAAACCGUUUCCAGAGCGGGUGCAGCUCAGAGUGUACAUCAGGGACUCGGAGUCGGAUCGCCUGGCAUGGUACCGCGGACGUCUGAUCCACGUCUUGCCAGACCUGGGCAUCUACCAGAUCAAACUACCCCUGGGUGAUGAAAGCCAAGGGUACCAGGCGAGGCUCAGGGUAGAGGCGGUGGAUAAGGGUGGCCGAGCAAGCGAACUGAAGGUCGAGCCCGUCAAGGUGGGACCGCCUCGCAAGUGCCAGCCGCUUGAAGGCUUUUCGAGGUCCGUGUUUCCAGCUGCCCCUGGUGAGGUCCACUCGACGCUCGCGCUAGCUGUUGUGGUUGGGAGUUACGCCGAAGCCUGCGAUGCAGCUAAGGAUGCCAUUGCCCUGUUGCCCCUGGUAGAGCGCAUCAAGCCUCGGUCUGUGACGCAGCUGGAGCAUGCUUCGGAAGCACUCAGGGCCGUGGGUUUCGCCAUUGUCCAGCUCCCGCCAAGUCGGCAGAUGGCUUUGGCACAAGUAGCAUCCAGAUGGACGCAACUGCUACGGCGAAGGGAACCGCAGCGAUUGAUACCAGGGCCUGGAGCACCAGGAACCAGCGCCGCGUCCAGCGACGUAAACAACGCUCCGUCGGACGAAGCCCGCUUGGUGUCUGCUGUUGCCCUGCUGCGAGCCGUUGUCCGUCUCCACCGUGGUGCUGUGGAAGGCGCUGCCUGUCGUCACGCUGUUUCUCGUGCGCUGGUUGGGACGCUGGAUGCCAUCAGUCGUGCCGUUGCUCCAGCUCUGUCCACGGGGUCGAUCUCGCUUAGGCUGGCCGGUGGAUACGGACUCUGCCUGGCCAACGAGCAAGCUGCCCCAGCGGCAACCCUUGGUUGGCGUGAGGCGAGUUCCGUAACCCUGGCACCAGCGUCGCCCGCUCGCUGCCUGGUCCUGGAUGCCAAUCCAUUUCCGUGCGCCGGCGACACGGUCCUCAACACACAGUUUGUGAUGGUGAAGGCGUCGACAGUCAAUGCCUCGGUGGAGUUGUAUCUCAAGAAACGCAAAGCUGAGGGAUGGCAAGCAAGCUUUGCUCACGCCAUCAGGGGUUUCGUCACACUGCACAGGGUGCGCAUGCCCACGCAAGGAGACUUCGAGGUCCUCGUCGAAAUUAAACCGGAAAUGUCCUUGGACUUCCUGAAGGUGGUGUUCACGUCAGACCGCGAGCCGACGGAAUUGGACCUGCAAGUCCCACCACCCACGUGGGUAGCGAACCGCACUCUGGUUCCGUGGGUGCCUCGCAAUGGCAGCGACCUCUACAUCGGUGUGACCCUCAAGCUGGAAGGUGUGGUACAGAAGCGUGCCUGGCCGCCGCCUCGCAUCCCGUACAGGUUGGGAACAGCUCUGGUCACCUGCCGUACCUGGAAGCACUACGCCUGGUCUAGACAGGGUUGCCGCGCCGGGCUGGCUACCUCUUCCUUACGGCUGCACUGUCGCUGUUCCCACCUGUCCUGGUUCUCGGGCGGCCACUGGGUCGCCCCGAACGAAAUUUCCUGGCGCAAAGUGACACGAGGUGCCAGAGACAAGAGCUUCUUAGUUGUCAGCUGCGUGGUGGCGCUCUGGGUGCUCUACGGUCUCGUCCUCGUCUGGGCCAGGAGAGCCGACCAAAGGGACGAAGUCUACAACACUGUCAUGGACCUGCACCAGAACCUGCCGACGGAUCAGCAGCCUUAUAUCGUCACGAUCAUCACCGGGUUCCGCAGGAACGCUGGCACCACGAGCAAGGUAUGGCUACAGCUGGUUGGAUUAGACGGAUCAUCACGGAAGUUCCUUCUCAAAGACGUCAGCGUAAACCCGAGCACGUUGCAGCGCAAGUCCGAAGAUUAUUUCCUAGCCACCACAGAACGCACGCUAGGAGAGAUACGAGAGGUGGUGUUCACCCUUGAGCCAAAGGGCAGUAGACCCUCGUGGUUCCUGCACACCGUCGUGGUGCAGGACAUGCUUGAAGAUCUGGUCUGGGUGUUCUUCGUUGAAGAGUGGUUGGUGCCCAGCGGUUGCCAUCAAGAAAGCUUUCGCUUCAGCCCCGCCAACGGAGAACAGCAAGCGGACUUCUGGACACUAUUCAGGCGUCGACUUCAGCGCCACUUCUUCACGGGUCACACCUGGUUCAAUGUAAUCGCCCGCUACCGGAGCUCCAAGUUUACCCGUGCUCAGCGCGUGACGAGCGCCCUCUUCGUCAUCCUGUCGGCGCUCAUGUUCAACGUCAUGUACUACGACGUGGACACAACGUCGGACUCUGAACACAUGAGCCUUUUCGACGUGCCUGUCCAUCUCAACGACUUCUUACUUGGCAUACAGGUAAGCCUAGUCACUGUCCCGCUCGGCGUCUUCGUCAUCUUCGUCUUCAGCAACUGCAGACCACGUCCCAUGAGCCAACAGCAGAGCGCCGAGAACGACCCACGGACGCGCCACCACCACCGCAUUUCCCUCUUCAGCUACAUGGACAACCUGUCCCAGAACUGCUCGGAGUCUUCGACGGAGCACCGCACGCAGCUCUUGCAAGAGUACGCGCGCAUCCUACGCGAGGGUCGGAAGGGUCUCCUACCGUGGUGGUUCCAGCUCGUGGGAUGGGUGGUGGCCCUGGCCGGGUCCAUGUUGUGUUCGGCCGUUAUAUUGCUGUACGGUUUUUCGUACGGCAACAAAAAGAGCAAGGAGCUUCUGGUGCGUUCUUUGACCGGCCUCGUCCACAACGAGAUCAUCCUGGAGCCUCUGAAGGUGGUCUUGAUCUCGGCUUUCUUGGCGAGACUCAUCCCGAGGCCUCCGGAGGUGGAUGACUACAGUAUCAGAAACACCUUGACUGAUUUACCGGAAGAUCUUAGGCCUUGAAGAAAAUACUUCGUGUACUGGUUACUGAAACUCUCAGUCGUUACGGCACUGAAAGCUCAACCGUGUGAGGCUAUAGUUGGGAGAUAUUAACGUCGAGAUAAUCAUAUUCGAAAUAACUGUUGAGGCAUCACGUGUAAUAUGUGUCCAGUUGUAUCAUAGCUGUUAUCGAGAAACUAAUAUCGCUCUCACAUGAUAAUCUGAACUGUGCAAGCUGUUCGCUCUGUUACGUCUGAAGGAUUUUAAUUACGAAGUGAUAUCCCCCCCCCAAAGUGAUGCUCUAAUAUGGGGGCCAUUAUAGGGCAAAAUAAAUGAAAUGAAAUAGUG